CCUCGGCGGCUACCGUUGCCAGGAAGGGGCGGGACCAGCGCCGGAAGGGCCGGCACUUCCUGUGAGCGGCGGAUUUGAAAAAGCAACGGUAGACAGCGACUCGGUAGGCUGUCGGCCGCCUUUCCGCGGAGGGGUCUCUCUCGGCGGCCGCUGCAGACUACAAGUCCCAAGAUGGAAACUUUGUCUUUUCCCAGAUAUAAUGCUGCUGAGCUUGUGGUUCAUAUUCGUAACAAGAUCUUAACAGGAGCUGAUGGUAAAAACCUCUCCAAGAAUGACCUUUAUCCAAAUCCAAAGCCCGAAGUCUUGCACAUGAUCUACAUGAGGGCCUUACAAAUAGUCUAUGGCAUUCGACUAGAGCAUUUUUACAUGAUGCCUGUGAACACUGAAGUCAUGUAUCCACAUAUAAUGGAAGGCUUUUUACCAGUCAGUAACUUAUUCAUUCAUCUGGACUCAUUUCUGCCCAUCUGCCGGGUGAAUGACUUUGAGAUUGCUGAUAUUCUUUAUCCAAAAGCAAAACGGACAAGUCGGUUUUUAAGUGGCAUUAUCAACUUUAUUCACUUCAGAGAAGCAUGCCGUGAGACGUACAUGGAAUUUCUCUGGCAAUAUAAAUCCUCUGUGGACAGAAUGCAGCAGCUGAGCAUUGCACACCAGGAGGCACUGCUGAAGGUGGAGAGCCUCAAUUCUGUUCCAGUUGAAGAGCAAGAAGAGUUCAAACAACUUACUGAUGAUAUUCAGGAGCUACAGCAAUCACUGAAUCAGGAGUUUCGUCAAAAAACGAUAGUGCUGCAGGAGGGAAAUUCCCACAAGAAAUCAGCUAUUGCAGAGAAGACCAAACGAUUGAAUGAACUAAAAUUGUCAUUGGUUUCUUUGAAAGAAGCACAAGAAAGUUUAAAAACUAAAAUUGUGGAUUCUCCAGAGAAGGUAAAAAAUUAUAAAGAAAAAAUGAAAGAUACAGUCCAGAAACUUAAGAAUUCCAGGCAAGAAGUGAUGGAGAAGUAUGAAACCUAUAGAGACUCAGUAGACUGCCUCCCUUCGUGCCAGCUGGAGGUACAGUUAUAUCAGAAGAAAAUACAGGACCUUGCAGACAAUAAGGACAAGCUGGCCAGUGCUUUGAAGGAGAGCCUGAACUUGGAGGACCAAAUUGAGAGUGCUGAAUCAGAGCUAAGGAAAUUGAAGACUGAAGAAAGUUCACUCAGAAGACUGCUGAUUGCGAAGAAGGAAAAGCUGGCCACAACACAGUUCAGAAUCAAUAAGAAGCAUGAGGACAUCAAGCAGUACAAACGAGCAGUAAUUGAGGAUUGCAAUAAAGUCCAAGAAAAAAGAGGUGCUGUCUAUGAGCAAGUAACCACAAUUAAUCAAGAAAUCCAAAAGAUUAAAUUUGGAAUGCAGCAACUGAAAGAUGCCACAGGAAGGGAGAAACUGAAGUCCCACGUGAGAGAUAUUCCUCAACUUGAGGACUGCCUUGGACAAGUACCACGAAGGCAUUGAGAAGGCCACAGAGGAGUGCUGCACGAGAAUAGAGGAGAAGGCCGCAGAGCUGAAGGGGAGAAUGUUCAGAGCGUCCACCUGAGGGCGCAGCUGCCUCUUCGUACAUGGCUUUCUGUCUUAAUUUCUUCAAGGGGUGUAGUUAAGUUAAAACUAGUGGAGUAUAUAAACAAAUAAUGUUUGUUCAAGCAGUUUUUAUGUAUUCUCAAAGUGAUCAUUCUGUAAGAUGUGCAUUUGAUGUAGGCUCUCAUUAAUUAAUUAAUAAUUGAAAUAACUUGUGCAGUUACUUAGGGUCUCUACCCAGUCCCUUGCCGUGUCCACUGGCUGGACUUACCUUGGAAGUAUGUAUUUUUUCUGUUAUUUCCGUGGUGGCUGUUAAGUCCAGCCAUGCUUGAGCCCUGGCUAUGCCCUGAGCAUUGUGGGCAGACUCUCGUCUUGCACGGUUCUCCCCCUAGCAGCCCUGGGAGAAUAUUUUGUCACUACUUAUACUUCAGUAACGAUGAAGGUCCCCAGAGAUUCGGUAACUGAGCCAAGAUUGGAACUCUGCUCUUUAAAAGACAGGUCUGGAGUGUUUCCAUGACCCCACUCUUAGGAGAGUGGUUGUCUGACGGGGAAGCUGGAGCCUGACUGUCAGUCUUCCUGGAUCCACCAUGAGGAAAAGGAGUUAAGACCUGCGAGUGAUCAGCUCAGUGCUGGACACAGGACGCAGUGGACGCCGGGGACCUGUUGUCUGUUGGGUUAGGUACUGCUCUUUGUCAGAGAUCAUGAACUCACCUGGUGGAGAGCAGGCCUUCCCUGGAGGGGAGCCCUGGAGUGGGAGGAGCAGCAGAGGAGCAAGGAGCGAGGGCAGAUCCACCCUGGCCGCCUGGCUUCUUCAGUAGCGGAGUUGGGAUCUGCAGGAAGUCGCCUGCGAGGCCAGGGGAUGGCACAGACGUGGCCACAGGCUUCCCGACUCUUGUCUCCAUCAUGAUCACCCCCGCUUUGUUCACACGGACGUCUGGACCCUUGUGCCAUGUUGCAAACCCGCCUGUCAUGGCACUGCGGCUUCUGCCACACGGUCACCAAAGCACUCGUGUUCCAGGAGUCCGGCUGCUCUUCAGGCUCCUCCUCCUCAGUUCCCCCCAGGGCCACCCUCAUCAGGGAGCUCUGCUCUCUGCUCUCUUGGUUCUGUCCUCUUUCACUUUCUGCCUGACACCGCACCCUCGACUGUGUUCCAGGCAUCUGUCCCUCACCCUCAUGGAGACCUCUGCUCCUGGAAACUAUCCGUCAGUACCCCUGGCUUCCAUUACACGUAGCCGUUUGUGCCUCCACACAGGUUUUAUUAACAUUUACCGUGCUUCUCUUGAGUUCCAGACUUGCAUAUCCGAUGGCCAGUGGGUGUUUGUAACCCUUAGGCAUUCUGGUGAAGCCUGUGGUGUCUUGUUAGGCCACCUGCAAUUCCCCUCAGUGCUUGACAAGGAUUCCACUGAGUAAUAAAGCUGUUUGCAAAGUCUCAUCAUGUUGGGAAUUCGGUUGCGGACUUUCCUUCCUUGCUUACUUAAUGUGUGU